AUCGGACCACGUCAGACUACAGUCCCAUCCCACGACGUCCCACAUCGCGUUUACUCUCCGGCUCCGUUCUUUCACGAUACGGUCGCGCCGCGACGGCGCGGCUAUGAUCUAUGACAGAGAACACGACACAUCGGCUGGCGGCGUCUCGUCUGCCGCGGUAAACGCGUAAUAAGCCCUCCGUGUGUCGUGUGACCGCUGCACGGCGUCGCGCACGAAGCUACGGGACGUCGAUGAAGGUGGUGUCGACGACGGCGCGCUCGAAGCCAAGCGCGCCUCGAAUCGUCGAGCCGAAGAACCGGGAGAACGCGGCGGAGGAGACGACAAGAAGGCAGACGAGAUAUAUAUAUACGAAUUUCGGUUGACAGCUGACAGUCGAGCGGCGUGAAGAGAGAGAAAGAGAGCCUCCUCGUCCUCGCCGUGGUGCCGCGUGUGCGUGUGUGCGUGCAUGUGUGCGGGUACGGGCGGCGGACCACCCGGUGCUGAGGAGGACGCGACGGCGACGGCGACGGAUCGCGGACGUGCGACACGAUGACGGCGAUCCUGGUCUCCGUGGCGGAGCUGUCCAACAUAUUCUCGGUGCUUGCCGUGCUGAUAUGCUUCUGCGGGGUCUUCCUCUUUAUCAUGAGGAACAUGAUGGUACUACGUGUCCACGGCGACGACUUGAUGUUCGGCGGCGGCGGCGGCGUGAUAACGCAUUCGCCGCGCAUACCGCAAAUGGAGAUGAUGAAGGUCCACAUUCCCUUCACCUUCAAGCUUCAUGAGAGCUUCAAGAGCACGUACGCCGAGGUGGAGUGCGAGGUGUCUAGCCAAGUGGAGUACUCGCUGCAGGCGAUCUGGGGUGUCUGCAUAAGAGAGCUACACCUGGCGCUCUGGAAACCCUGGAGCACGUUACGGGACGCGUCCCUGAACGGAACCCUUCUACAGGGCCACGCGCAGUACCUUACGCCGCCACAAACUAGACAGCCACACGGUGAGGAAACGUUGAGAUUAUCUCUACCAGCUCCGGAACUCGAGCUCGGUACCCCGCCGCGGCUCUGCUAUCCUCUGGUGAUUUUCCUUACUCGAAGAGACAAUCGGGAUCCUCAUCCCGACGAAACCGUGGCCCUGGUAAACGUCGUUCAUAUUAAGGACAGCGUGUGUACGUUGCCGACUUCGAUUCUAGCGCAGUAUUUGAAGCAGGCAAACGGCCAACUGUCUUGCUUAAAGCAAUUGUACCUGGCCACGGGCAACUCCAGCAACUACGACGAGAGCGAUGCGAUGUCGUCGGCUGGUCUGGGUUCGCCAGCCCUGGCGCUCGCCGAGCCGUGCAAUAACAACGACAACGCCGGCGCCGGCAGUCGCGGUGCUCUGGUGGCAUCCGGCCAGAAUGGGGACCAGGAGGGCGGCUCGCUUUGGAACACCGCGGGCGAGCAGCUCUGCGUCGUCUGCCAGUACUUCCCGUUAUCACGUGCCCUGCUACCAUGCCGACACACCUGUAUUUGUGCCUCGUGCUUCGGCAAGCUGGACCGGUGCCCGAUGUGCCGCAGUCCGAUCAAGAGCUACUUUUGCAUACGCAGCGAGGAGUACAUGCCACCGGAGAAGGAGAUCAACCCGUGCAAGCAACAUCAGCCCAGUCACGGACCUACCCAUUGGCUCCACGAUUGGAAUGAUCGGCUCACUGAUUUCCUCGGCUUCGCCCGAUAGGAGUAUCACUCUAUCACUAAGGUCGCACGUUCUAUAUAAGCAAACGUCAGGAUGGUCGGCAUACUUUUUGUUUAACACAGAUAAUUUCUGCAGGUUUAUUCCUAUGUAAAUCCUAGUGACC